AACAAACGGUUAUUUGAGUCAGCGUACAGAGAUCUUUUAACACAAUUUUGGAUAAAAUUAAAGGUCUUCUUGGUUCCAAAUCACUUGAAACUAAUAAUUGAUUGAAAAAGCAUACUAUUACCAUGGAAGACAAAUCCCAAUAUCCAACAUACGUGGUCCUGGGAUCCGGUGGCCACACAGCAGAGAUGUGUGAAAUAAUUAAAUCUCUAUUUGAUAAUCUUCCUCGAGCUCCCGAUUGCUAUUUCAUCGUGGCCAAAACAGAUGACACCAGUCGCAAAAAAGUCGAAGAAACUUUGGAUCUAAAAACCAAACCACAUUUCGUUGAAAUUCCACGAAGUAGACACGUAAAUCAAAGCUAUUUAACAUCCAUCUUCACAACUUUAUGGGCAUUACUCUACUGCUUUUAUAUUCUAUUGCGUGAUAAACCAAAAAUGGUGCUUUGUAACGGACCAGGAACAUGUGUUCCAAUUUGCUUGGUAGCUGCAUUAUACCGUUUCCUUCACAUCUUACACAAGGACACAAAAAUUGUAUUUGUCGAAAGCUUUUGUCGCGUCAACACACUAUCGUUGACUGGGAAAAUUCUACUUCCUAUAACUGAUACGUUUGUUGUUCAAUGGGAACCACUUGCACGAAAUCGAAAAAAUGUUAAAUACUUUGGACCACUUGUAUGACAAUAGAAUCUUAAUUUUUACUUAUAUAAUAUUCUAGAUUUGUAAUUUGAUUUGCUUAUAAAUUAGAAUUAU